AUGUUGAUUGCCUUGUCGACCCCUGUAGCAUCGUAUUUCUUCAUGGACUCAACGGCGCCAUCGGGAUUUGAAUUCGACGCAGAUGUACUCAGCUUCUUUGGCCGGACGGGCCGCGAAACGAUCGCAAGCAUAGCAGAUACGUUCUUGGCCGAUUUGGCAAAUAUGAGGCGAGCCGACUAUCAACGCGAACGCCCUUUGAUAUUAUUUGGACACAGCUUGGGAGGGUUAAUCAUCAAGCGGGCCAUGUCAAAGGCAUGGGACGAAGAUGACCCGACAAGUGCUGAUGUUUUUCGACGAAGAAGACUCACAGCAACCAGCACCAAAGCAAUUAUCUUUGCAGGAACACCGCACCGUGGUUCCGCUCGCGCUGAAACAGCUGCGUGGGCCACCUCUUGGCUAGGAGCCUUUGGUGUUUCGACAACACCAGAAAAUAUCAGAGACGUACAAGAAGGAUCUAAUACAACUCAGAUGCUUCGUGAAGAGUUUCUAGUAUUCCGACGCAAAAUACGGGACAGUCGAGCUAGGGCGAUACCUCCAGAACCUGAUAUUACUACAUAUACAUUUGCUGAAGGUCGUCCAAUGCCAGUCAUAGGAAUGAUUGUGACACUAAGUUCCGCAACCUUGGACAUGCAAAACGAGAUCGUAUCCUCAGUAGCAGGAUGUGAUCACAGAACAAUGGUGAAGUUCGCUAGUCGAGACGCAGCCGGCUAUAAGCAGUAUCUUGGUGCUAUCCAAAAUGUUAUUGACGAAGUGCAGCGAGAACAGGGGGCAGCUCUACAACCUCAUGUAUCUCCACUUACCUCGUCUUCAUUGAAUGGCUCUCACUUUGGAACCAUGCCUCGACGCCGCGAAAUAGCCGGCGCGGGCACCUGGUCGCAAUUCAACCAACGGAAUAAUGGGCAAACCCAUAUGAGGGAAAUCUUAUCUGGAUCUCAAAUGGCACACAAUCGAAUCGACUCCAUAAUGUCAGCUCGGCAGCCGAUCUCGAACAACAACAACAACCAGAGCUACCAACCAACCCCUCACAUCUACCCCCGACACUCCUCAGGCCAAGCAAGUCUUGCAAGUGAGCUUACAUCCAGCAUAUCGCCCGGCACGGUGGGAACAUACAAUUCCCACGAGCUCCCACGCGAUAGCGAACAACACCAUACUCAAGACCUCUCAUCCGCAACUCAAAUGGCACCCAGUCACAACCGACCCGAUUCCACUUUCGCACCACCUCCACAACCAGCCCCAAACAACAAUACUCAUAACCACCCACCAACCCUCCACACUUACCCUCGAAAGUCCCUAAGCGAAGCAAGCCAGUCGACCGACUCCACGCACAGCAUAUCUCCCGUCACCACCGGGUCCUACCAUCCCCACGAGCUCCCACCAGCACGUCAAAACAGCGAAAGCGAGGACAUAGAGGCGCUUAUCUCAGAGGCAAUCAAAUGCCGCAAGGGCGCCACUCGCAGGAGCGCCACGAAGCAAGCCCUCGUGCUAUUCAGCCACGCCCUUCGCAGAUCCGAGCAAUCGCGCAAUCCCGAGCCCCGACACAAAGUACAUGCCUACUUCGGCAUAGCCGAUUGCUACUGUGAUCUGAUCGAAAGCCCCCACGUCAGCGACCAGCAGAAGCCGGGUCAUAUCCAAGAUUCCCGCGAUGCGUGCCGAGUGGCUAUGCAGAUAGCUCAAGACGGUGGCAGCCAUGGGCAGAUGAGACGGGUUCGGAUAUAUCAGGCGCGACUCGAUGCGCAGGAGUUUAUGCUGCGAGUUCGGAAUCCGCCCGCGCUGGAUGUUGAUGUUUCGAGGCUCCAGGUGGAUAAAGAGGUUAUUGAGCAUAGAUUAAGGACGCUGCUGGCUGAGGUGGAAUCGGAUCCCGGGAGGAAUGAUCGGCUUUGGGAUAUUGUGCAUCGGAAGAUUAUACAAUUAGCAGAGAUUCGGUUUGAGAGUGAAUAG